GUCCGAUUAACAGGGGAUCUCGCUCCCUCGUUGGUGCGUGGUGACCGGAGCGCUGCCAUUUGAUUGGCUGGGUUGGAAUGAGGCACCGCCUCCUGAGGGUGGUGCUUUGGUGGCGAGGCGGCAGCUGUGGUGUCGUUGGAUGGGUCUUUAAAAUAUUUUUGGUGUUCGACAUCAAUGUCAAUAAUUUGGACAAUUUCCACCUCUUCUCACCUCUCGCUCUCUCUUUUGAUAGUAGAAUGAAACGUUUCAUUAAACAGCAGAAAAUGCUGGAAACACGCAGCUGCUCCUGAAGCUUCCAGGGUACACUUCACAAUGGCAAACAAGACAUUUAUUAUAUCUGCUCCUGGGAAGUUGAUAUUGCAUGGAGAACAUGCAGUGGUGCAUGGGAAGGUAGCUCUGGCAGUCAGCUUAAACUUGAAAACAUAUCUCCGGCUGCAACCUUGUGCUGAUCAAAAAGUGCAAUUAAUCUUACCAAAUAUUAAUGUCCAUCUUAGUUGGAAAUCUGCUGCCCUGCAGUUUCUGCAGUCAGCAAUUGAUGUGACUGAUGUGCUAACCCCAAAGCCUCCAAACCAGGAACAAGUGGAUCAUUUGAGACAGUUUGCAGGAAUUUCAGAAGGCUCAACAGAUGCAAAAAGCCUUAGUAUCCUCUGUUUCCUUUAUCUUUAUGGGGCUAUCUGCACCAGAGAUGGGCAGCUGCCAAACGUGGACAUUCUGAUUUGGUCUGAACUUCCAAUAGGAGCUGGCUUGGGAUCUAGUGCUGCAUAUUGUGUGUGCCUGGCAGCAGCCCUUUUAUCAGCCAGUGGGGCCAUUACCUGUCCAGAUCCACAGGAGUAUAACAGUACCAGAUGGAGUGAGGAUGAACUGGAGCUGAUUAACAAAUGGGCAUUUCAAGGAGAGAAAUUGAUCCAUGGGAACCCAUCUGGUGUGGACAAUGCUGUGGGAACAUGGGGGGGAUUUCUGAGAUAUCGCGCAGGUAAAAUUGUUCCUUUAUCCAGUGUCCCCACCCUCCGGAUACUUCUUACUAACACAAAGGUGCCAAGGAGUACGAAAGUGUUAGUAGCAGGAGUGAAGGAUAAACUUAAUAAGCUGCCAAGCAUAAUAAAACCUGUCCUGGAUUCAAUAGAUGCUAUUUCAUGCGAAUGUGAACGUGUUCUGGCUGCAAUAGCAUCUGGCAAUGCCGUAGAUGAGCACUACGCAAUCCUGGAGGAACUUAUUGACAUCAACCAACACCACUUGAAUGUUAUUGGAGUGGGCCAUUCAUCGCUGGACAGACUGUGUCAAGUAACUGCGACAUAUGGUCUGCACAGCAAACUGACUGGAGCAGGAGGCGGUGGAUGUGGCUUAACACUGCUACGACCAGGUACAAGGCCUUCUGUGGUGGAAGCAUCUAAACAGGCUUUAAAAGACUUGGGGUACGAUUGCUGGGAAACAGUUAUUGGUGGUUCGGGUGUGUCCCUGCAUUCACCGUCUUCCUGGUGUGAGGACACAUUUCAGCCUUUGUGCAACAUGAAGAAUUGUUGAAGAGUUUUGGAUACCUGGUACUGUCAUGGUAAUUAUUUGUAUGCAGUCUUGGAUUCUUCCUGGGAUUUAAUCACUCAUCCUGCAUCUCUUCUCCAUGUCUUCCUGCACCUGAGGAAAAUGCAAUCCAGUAGAAAUUUAUGCUAUUUACCUCUGUACAUGUAAUGUUGUAAAAUCUUUUUCAUUGUACAGGACUACUUAUUUCCUACCUGAACCACAAAGCUGAUUGCUUUCUCUAUCAGAGAUUUAGUAUUCAUCAGUCCAAAUGGCAGACGUUCAAAUGCUGUGGUAGACACACAGAAGGCUGGAGGAACACAGCAAGCCAGGUAGCAUCUGGAGCAAAGGAGAAGUCAGUGUUUUGGGUAUUACCCUUCUUCAGGACUGCUCGAUCCUGAAAAAGGGUAAUACCCGAAACAUCGACUUCUCAAAACACUGACUUCUCCUUUGCUCCAGAUGCUACCUGGCUUCCUGUGUUCUUCCAGCCUCCUGUUUCUCUACCUUGAAUUCCAGCAUCUUUACUUGGAAUUAAUUUACUUGGAAUACUGCGUCCAGUUCUGGGCGCCCUAUUAUAGGAAAGAUGUGGAUGCUUUGGAGAGGGUUCAGAGGAGGUUUACCAGGAUGCUGCCUGGACUGGAGGGCUUAUCUUAUGAAGAGAGGUUGACUGAGCUCGGUCUCUUUUCAUUGGAGAAAAGGAGGAGGAGAGGGGACCUAAUUGAGGUAUACAAGAUAAUGAGAGGCAUAGAUAGAGUCGAUAGCCAGAGACUAUUUCCCAGGGCAGAAAUGGCUAGCACGAGGGGUCAUAGUUUUAAGCUGGUUGGUGGAAACUAUAGAGGGGAUGUCAGAGGCAGGUUCUUUACGCAGAGAGUUGUGAGAGCAUGGAAUGCGUUGCCAGCAGCAGUUGUGGAAGCAAGGUCAUUGGGGUCAUUUAAGAGACUGCUGGACAUGCAUAUGGUCACAGAAAUUUGAGGGUGCAUCCAUGAGGAUCAAUGGUCGGCACAACAUUGUGGGCUGAAGGGCCUGUUCUGUGCUGUACUGUUCUAUGUUCUAUGUUCUAUGUUCUAUCUGCAGUUAUUUUUUGCUCCCAUUCAAAGUGCUGUACUUGACUAAAAAAAGCUGCAUCAGAAGGGGCUGGCACACUAGAUAUACUCUGUAGUGGCUGCUUUUUGGAAUUUGAACAAUAAACUCGUUAUAAAACA